CUUAGCCAUUCAUAAAGGCCAUUCAUAAAGAUAUAUAUUGUAGUGUAUGCACUCUUGCACUAUGCUAUUAUAAUUCGGUGCCUACCCUCUGGAAAAUAUAGAAACGAUCACGUCCAUACACACGAACCGAAUAAAGUAAAGUACAGUACAGUAGGUGUGCGUGCUGCAAACUCGGAUAGGGUGCUAAUAUAUAGCUGUCCGCAAAACUUUUUGAUUGACAGUGUAAUAUAUUGUUGAACAACGUAUUACAUGUAAUUCACAUACACAUACAUACACGAUUUUAAUAUAAACAGAUAUUCAAUCAUGGAAAUGUUAAACUUAGACUCUAUCAUAGAGCGAUUACUGGAGGUCCGCGGCAACCGACCAGGGAAACAAGUACCGCUUCUAGAGUCAGAGAUUAUUGGGCUGUGCAUGCGGACGCGCGAGAUAUUUUUAGAACAGCCUGUACUUCUGGAGCUAGCUGCGCCAAUCAAAGUGUGCGGUGACAUACACGGACAGUACUAUGACCUGUUAAGGCUAUUUGAGUACGGCGGUUUCCCUCCAGAGGCCAACUAUAUAUUCAUGGGUGACUACGUAGACAGAGGAAAGCAAUCGCUGGAGACUAUCUGCUUAUUGCUCGCUUACAAAAUUAAGUAUCCUGAGAACUUCUUCCUACUCCGCGGCAACCACGAAUGCGCGAGCAUCAACAGAAUAUAUGGCUUCUACGAUGAGUGCAAACGCCGAUAUUCGAUUAAGCUGUGGAAAACGUUUACAGAUUGCUUCAACUGCCUGCCUGUGGCUGCCAUUAUAGAUGAGAAGAUUUUCUGCUGCCACGGAGGACUCUCGCCGGAUCUCAAACACAUGGACCAAAUCCGAGAUCUAAAUAGGCCUCAGGAUGUACCCGAUUCUGGACUGUUGUGUGAUUUAUUAUGGUCCGAUCCUGACAAAGAUAUAUCCAGUUGGGGUGAUAAUGACAGAGGUGUGUCGUGGACAUUCGGUGCGGAAGAAGUGGCUAACUUUCUGGCACAGCACGAUCUUGAUUUGAUUUGUAGGGCUCAUCAGGUGGUUGAAGACGGCUACGAGUUCUUCGCCAACCGGCAACUGGUGACGCUGUUUUCUGCGCCCAACUACUGUGGAGAAUUCGAUAACGCCGGCGCUAUGAUGAGCGUCGAUGAGUCAUUGAUGUGCUCCUUCCAGAUUUUAAAACCGGCGGAAAAGAAGACUAAGUUCUCGUACGGUGGUGCGGCCAGUCGCCAACCAGCCACUCCUCCUCGCGCAAAGAAGUGA